UCUCUUUCUCUCUCCUGUGGCGCCUGAGAUCUCCUCUUUCUUCCUUCCUUCCUUUCUUUCUCCUCCUGCGAUCUCUUAUCUUUUGGAGAGGUUUCCCCUCUUCUUCUCCUCUUGCCUUGCCCUCCUCCUCUCUUUUCUUUCUCCCAUGCAAUGCUGCACAGCACCCAGGCAGGCCUCUGCGCCGCCGCCGCCUCCUCCUCCUCGUCCGUGGUUGGAGGAACCCCUUACGCCGGCCUCCUCCCGCCGCCGUGGGCUAUGAGCAGAGGGGCCCCUCGAGGCAGAGGUUCAGCUCAGGGCCCCCCAAAGCCUCCGCGCGGCGUUGGCCACUCCCUCCCCGCUCUCUUUAACGGUGGUCCUCCUCUUCUCCCGCAGGGAGGCGGACCCGAGGACCUCCGCCAGAAGCAGAUCCUCUUCCUGAAGGGACGGCUCUCCGAGGCCCCGCUCCUGCUGUCGCCGCCCUCGGCCGUGCCGCCACCGCCCCGCAAUCGAGGGCCACUCCGGGCAUCCCGGGAAAACAACAACUGCCAAGGUUCCGGGUUCUGGUACAGCGAGAGCAGCGCGGCCAGGAGACCUCCCGGUAACCGCGGCAGGAACGAGGGCCCCCCUCCCGGUGGCUGCGGAAUCCACCGCCUGGUUUCGGACUUCCAGGGCCUGGCCCUGACCUGCCGAGGAGGGCUCGAGCAGCGUGUGCUGGAGGCCUUGAGACGCUUGGCGCCCGAGGAGACGGAAACGGCCCGCCGGCUGGCCUCCCGCCUCGACGUCCCCAAGAAGGAGGUCAACCACCACCUGUACAAGCUCCACAGCUCGGGCCUGGUCUGCAAAGUGGGGGACCGGCCCCCUUCCUGGAGGUUAUCGCGCCCCGAGAAGCCCCCUCCCACGCGGCCGGACUUGGACCGAGCCCCGCCCCCUUUCCCCGUUCCCGAGGAGGGCGACGACGACGACGGCCUCGAUCCCGCCGCCAUGGCCGAGGUCAAGGAGAAGAUCUGCGACUUCCUGUUUGGCGUCACGGACUCCACGGCGCACAACCUGGCCCGGAACGUGGGCCUGUCCAAGGCCCGUGACGUCAACGCCACGUUGCUGGCCCUGGAGAAGCUGGGCGAGGUGCGGAAGGAGAACACCAACCCGCCCAAGUGGUCCCUCACCGACAACAAGCGCCGGCGGAUGCAGCUGAAGGCCCGGGCCGAGGAGAUCCGAGACAUGGUGCCGCCCGGCCUGGACCCCGACCCGCAGGUCCUGACCCCCCACCUGGAGCCCGAGCUGCCCGAGAGCCUGCCGGCGCUCCCUCCCUCCUCGCCGCCCCCGCUCCCAUUGCUGGAGGGCCAGGAGGGGGAGCAAGCAGAGGAGCAGCAGGCGGAGAGGAAGGAAGACGAGGAGGAGGAGGAGGAGGAGAAAGUGGAGAACGGGCAGCAGACAUCCGAGCCGCUGGCCUCCACGGAGCCCGGCCAGGAGCGCUUCCCCCGGCGGACGGGGGGCCCCCCGCGCAAGCGGCCCCGCUACCACUGGUUCUCCAGCUACGACAACUUUGAGAACGGGCGCUGGGCCAGCGACGACAUCCCCGAGGACCUAAACGCCAUCUCCAACCAGGAGGAGUCCUCCUCCCGGUGCAUCAUGGAGUCCCCGCUCUCCCCCAGCUACGCGGCCCAGUUCGACACGGCCUUCCAGUGCACCCCCAUGGAGAAGCUCAUGGCCUGCCAGCAGAAGAACCCCGUCAGCGGGCUCAUCGAGUACACCCAGUACAUGUACCAGCACUGCGAGUUCGUCCUGCUCAAGCAGAGCGGGCCCUCUCACGAGCCACGGUUCAAGUUCCAGGCGGUGAUUGACGGGCGGCGGUUCCCUCCGGCGGAAGCGGGGAGCAAGAAGCUGGCCAAGCAGGAGGCCGCCGCCAACGCCAUGAAGAUCCUGGUGUACGAGGCCGAGCACGAAGGGCAGGACGGCAUGGAGCUGGAGAAGAGCCUCUACGAGGACAGCGCCCUCAGCGAGGCCGAGACGUCCGAGCAAGCGGAGACAGAGGCGUCGACGCCACAGCUUUGCGCCACCGGGAAGAACCCCGUCAGCGCCUUGAUGGAGUACGCCCAGAAGUCCGGAAGCGUCUGCGAAUUCCAGCUCCUCGCCCAGGACGGGCCCCCCCACGACCCCAAGUUCAAGUACUGCGUGAAGAUGGGGGAGCAGGUGUUCCCGGCCGUGGUGUCCAACAGCAAGAAGGGGGCCAAGCAGAUGGCCGCCGAGGCCGCCAUCCGGGGACUGAGCGGAGACACCACCAUCUUCGCUGAGCAGACGGAGGAGGACGUGGCCUUUGAGGUGACGGGCAGCCAGGUUCUGGAGGAGCCCAAGGCGGCGUCCAGCGCGAAGGGGGUCGGGGAGCUGAUCAAGUACCUCAACUCCAACCCGGUCAGCGGCCUGCUGGAAUACGCCCGGGCCAACGGCUUCGCGGCAGAGUUCAAGCUGAUUGAGCAGACCGGCCCACCCCACGACCCCAAGUUUGUUUUCCAAGCCAAAGUGGGAGGGCGCUGGUUCCCGGCGGUGACGGCGCACAGCAAGAAGCAAGGCAAGCAGGAGGCGGCCGACGCGGCGCUGCGGGUCCUGAUCGGGGAGAGCGAACAGGCCGAGAACACCGAGGGAUUGACCAUCACCGAGCUCCCGGUGAGCGGGAGCACCCUCCACGACCAGAUUGCGAUGCUGAGCCACCAGCGCUUCAACGCCCUCACGGCCCGCAUCCAGCACAGCCUGCUGGGGCGCAAGAUCCUGGCCGCCAUCAUCAUGCGGAGGGGACAGGAGGGCCUCGGGGUCGUGGUCAGCAUCGGCACAGGGAACCGCUGCGUGAAAGGGGAGGAGCUCAGCCUGAAAGGGGAGACCGUCAACGACUGCCACGCCGAGAUCAUCUCCAGGAGGGGGUUCAUCAGGUUCCUCUACGACGAGCUCCUCAAGUACGACCCGGCGGCCCCCGAGGACAGCAUCUUUGAGCCGCUGCCCGACGGCCAGCUGAAGGUCAAGGACGACAUCACCUUUCACCUGUACAUCAGCACGGCUCCGUGUGGGGACGGCGCGCUCUUUGACAAGUCCUGCUCCGACCAGGUCAACACGGCCGGAGAGGACCAGCACCAGCCCCUCUUUGAGAACCCCAAGCAGGGCAAGCUGCGCACCAAGGUCGAGAACGGGGAAGGCACCAUCCCGGUGGAGUCCAGCGACAUCGUUCCCACUUGGGACGGGAUCCAGCACGGGGAGCGCCUGCGCACCAUGUCCUGCAGCGACAAGAUCCUGCGCUGGAACGUGCUGGGCCUCCAGGGGGCGCUCCUCUCACACUUCCUCCAGCCCGUCUAUCUCCGCUCCGUCACCCUCGGCUACCUGUACAGCCAGGGUCACCUGACGCGUGCCAUUUGCUGCCGCAUGUCCAGAGACGGCGACACAUUCCAGGCGGGGCUCCCUGCGCCCUACGUGGUCAAUCACCCAGAGGUGGGGCGCGUGAGCGUCUACGACUCGGCCCGGCAGACGGGCAAGACGAAGGAGUCCAGUGUCAACUGGGCUUUGCCGGACGACACCGACGUCGAAGUCCUGGACGGGACGAAAGGCAAAGUGGACGGACCAAAGCUGGAGGUCUCCCGGGUCUCCAAGCGGCACCUGUUUGCCCUCUUCCAGUCGCUGUGUGCCAAGGCGGACCGCCAGGACCUGCAGACGCUGUCCUCGUACUCGGAGGCCAAGGAGGCGGCCCAGGCCUACCAGAGUGCCAAGGGGCAGUUCUUUUGGGCCUUGCAGGAGAUGGGCUACGGCAGCUGGAUUUGCAAGCCCCAGGAGGAAAAGGCCUUUGGCCUGGCCGAAGCCUAGCCGGGAUCCCUCCUCCUCCUCCUCCUCCUUUCCCUUCCCUCGCUCCCUCCCUCGGUUUUGGAGGCGGGGGCCAGUAUUUUUUUUAAUUAAUUUGGGCUUUAUUUUUUAAAACGGAAGAGGGAAUGUUCAUUUUACUUCGGGUUAUGGAAUUGUCUUUUGAUUUCCCAGUUUGAACGGAUGGCAGGUUUUAAUCUCUUGUUGGGAAAGAGGGAUGUCUUGCCCCCUUGAGUUUCCCCCUCCCCUUUCAGUAAAGCUGUGACCAGAAUGAGAGUGAGAAAGAGGGAGGAACCCAUUAGCAUCCCUGUCUGUUUACCUAUCUCAGGCCUGGGCCAACUUGGGCCCUCCCUCCUUCCAGGUGUUGGACUGCAACUCCCACCAUUUCUAACAGCCUCAGGUCUUUUCCUCCUCCUCCCCCCCCCCACCCACUUAAGCUAUCUAUUGGGACCUGAAAGUAGGCCUCUAUUAGGUCUAUUAUUCUCUCAUCUAUCUAUCGGGACCUGAAAGUACGCAUCUCUUAGGUCUAUUC